CCCUGAGAUGCUAGCAGCCCCGCCUCUAUCGCAGAGAAAGAGACUAUUGCGGACACAGGCACGGGUCCACCCCCGACUCGAUCCACCUUGAGUGUCCGGGAUUCAGGAAGUGGCGCUCACAUCAUAAUUCUCUGACUCUUACAGAAGGUGGAUCUGAGAUCGUCGGGUGUCAAGCUGUGAUUUGCUGGACGUCUCGUGUAUAAAAGUCGGUGCAACACAAUGUCCAGCACUACACUUCCAUCCUCCUUUCGACUGCACCCGCUCUUCUUUGCUGAUUAUACACAUCUUCAUUGCUGCGACAAUGCCUGCUAUCACCAGCCAGUUCUAUCUUCCGGAUCUUCUCGCUCUCUCUACGCCAUUCAAGGGGUCAACCAACCCUCACUAUAAGCGGGGCGCCGCCGAAUCAAGGGCUUGGAUCAACUCUUUCAAUGUCUUCACCGACAGGAAGCGUGCCUUCUUCAUCCAAGGCUGCAACGAACUCCUCGUUUCGCACACUUAUCCACAUGCUGGCUACGAUGAAUUCCGCACAUGCUGCGAUUUUAUCAAUCUUCUAUUUGUCGUCGACGAAAUCAGCGACGAACAGAACGGCGCAGACGCGCGGCGCACGGGCGAGGUCUACCUCAAUGUCAUGCGCGACCCCGAAUGGGAUGACGGUUCAAAACUGGCUCAGAUAACGCGAGAAUUCCGCGCACGCCUUUUCCGUUCAUCAGGCCCCAACUCCUUUCGUCGAUUCUUGAAGCAUAGCGAAGAUUAUAUUGACUGUGUGGCGAAGGAGGCAGAGUACCGUGAACGUGGCGAAGUUCUCGAUGAAGAGUCUUACAAACAUUUGCGUCGGGAGAACAGUGCAAUCCGCCUGUGCUUCGGUCUUUUCGAAUAUACGCUCGGCAUCGACCUCCCCGAUGAGGUCUUCGAAGAUCCGAAUUUCAUGAACCUUUACUGGGCAGCCGCAGACAUGGUCUGCUGUUCGAAUGACGUCUACUCUUACAACAUGGAGCAGGCCAUGGGUCACACCGGAAACAACAUCGUCACCGUCCUCAUGAACUCUCGGGGCUUCGACCUGCAGGGCGCUAGCGACUACAUCGGAGAAUAUUACAAGGGCUUGAUGGAACGCUACCUCACAGACAGGAGCCGUUUGCCGUCAUUCGGCGCAGCAGUCGAUGCUGACGUCGCGCUCUAUGUCCGAGCUUUGCAAAACUGGCCCAUCGGGAACUUGGAGUGGAGUUUCGAAACCAAUCGUUACUUCGGUCCUCGGCACGAUGAUGUCAAGCGCACGCGCCUAGUCACUCUCAAGCCGUGCAAAGCCUAAUUUGUGAACACCGUUGUCUCAAAGAUUUCUCUGCCUCUAUCAUCUUUCACCUUACCUUUCUGCGCUUAAUGUCCUCUAUAAUUACAUUUUUCGUGGGUUAGUCGAGGGGCACUUAAUUAAUCAAGAUGUAUCGAUAAUAGGUUUAACACCGUGCAGUUCGUAAACAUAUUGUAAAGACUUCAUCGCUUCAAUGUUUCCUUUUCCUUUC